ACAAAAAGGUGACAAAUUAAACCAAUUUAAAAAGACCAAACGAAACAAGCUAGUUAGCUAGUCUUCUCUUCUAAUUACCAUCACCAAUGUCUCAACAAUCAUCUCUUCCAAUCAUUGACACACCAGAACCAGCACCAGCACCAGCACCAGCACCAGCCAAGGGCAGUAGGCGGGCCAAAGUCCUAGCAGGUGCAUCAAACCUAGCCAACCUUUUACCAACAGGAACCGUCCUGGCUUUCCAAACUCUAGUGCCAUCUUUCACUGAUGGAGGUUCCUGCCUUGUCACUCACAAGUACCUCACCGAAGGCCUCAUCAUCCUCUGCGCCGCAGCCUGUUUUUUCUCCUCCUUCACGGACAGCUUCCUCGACAAAAAAGGGAAAAUAUACUACGGAAUAGCCGUGCCCAAAGGCUUCUACGUAUUCAACAUUGAUCAUAUUCAUCGUGAUGAGUUCACUACAGUCCUCAUGAAAGAUUAUUUAAGAAGCUACCGUCUUAAGAAAAUGGACCUUAUUCGUGCCCUUGUGUCACUCGUGAUGUUCUUGAUGUUUGCACUAGGUGAUGCCAAUGUGCAGGACUGCUUUUGGCCGAAAGCUAACCCCAACAUAAAAGCUUUGUUCAUGAAUUUGCCAUUGGCGUCCGGACUUUUCUCUACCUUCUUCUUCAGUAUUUUUCCUACUACACGUAGGGGAAUCGGCUACGCAGAUUCGCCUAGAGAAGGUCCAAAUUUUGAUGAUCAUCAUGUCUCUGUUCUUCCUAUAGCUAACUCUACUCCAAAUAACAAAUGAAGCAUGCCACGGAUAUAUAUGUGUGUCGUCUUACGCAUUCAACCAGUUACAAGUACAUUAUUAUGGUGAUAACUCAUAUAUAUAUACAUAACUGUACUAAAACUGAGACUCGUCUCGAUCUGUAAUUGAAAAGAUAAACAUCCUAUAUUUAAGUAUCCACUCUAUUCUUUUGCGCUCUGUAUUGUGCAUAGAAGAGAAUGUUUUCCGGUUUUCUUAUAUUUGGUAGGUCAAGAUGUUCGGAACAUUUUCUCUAGAAGAU